AUGAAAGCACCUCCCGCUGCGCGCAUCCCCGUCCGGACCCUGCCCCGCCCGGGUCCCCACCCCCGCGGCUCGGUCCUGCCGGCCAGCGGCGCCCUUACCCGGCUGGAGCGCGUCCGCAGCGCCGGCCCGGGAGAGCGAGAGGUGGAGCCCGCAGCGCCGAGUCAGUGGCCUCUUGCCCGCGUCUCCGCCCCGCCUCCUCCCCGAUCGCUCCGCCCCGCCCUGACCCCGAUCGCUCCGCCUCUCGAUCACAAGGGCCAAGGCGGUUUGAAGGCAAGAGGCUGGCGUGGGUCGGAAGCGUCCUCGGUCAACUGCAGCCGGAGUUUUACGGGGUGUCCCUUAUGUUCCCGGACGCAGCAUUGGGCCACCGUAGGCUCGGGCUUCCCGUCCCAGGAGAAAUGCUCCGCCGGGGCUCGUUCAUCCCCGGCCUGGGAGAACCCCGAGCAGUGCCACCCGUGGGUGAUUGGGAACCUGCCGGAAUUGGGAACCGCACCUCCCCUUCCGCUAAACGGGAGCAGGCCAGAAAUGCCAGAAGAGUUGACAUCCCCAGAGAGCUGCCACCAGGCAAUUAUGGAUGAGCAGAAGAGGAUAAAUACCCCAGUUUCCCUGCCCCUUGGGUGUGACAACUCUGAGGUUCAAGCCCUAACCCCCAAUGUAACUAUAUUUGGAGAUAAAGCCAUUCAGGAGAAACAUUCAAAAGGACAGCUGAGGCUUCCGCGGCGGCAACCGCGGGGCUCAAAGGACUGGCUGAUCGGCGGAGAAGGGGCGGGGCGCGGCCAGGCCAAGCCCGGGGACUCCGCCUGCUGCAGCUGCCCCCGGGAGCCCCCGCCGCAGCCCCCACCUCGGAGCCGGGCCCGCGAGCUAAUCCGAGCCAACGGCCGGAAGCAAGCCGGAGGGCGUCCCGGAGGCGGCAGCGCGGUUACCGUCAAGCAGCACCGCAAGGAGAUACGGCAGCGCCUCAGCCUGACGGAGAGCAUCCUGGAGCAGCUCGUGCGCCUCUGCACGGGCCAGGAGGGGGACAUCCCGGAGCUGGAGGCUGGACGGGACGAGCUCGUGGACGUGGAGACUGGCAAUACCCGAGCGGCCAGGGGCAAGGCGCUGCUGGCCGACUGUUACAAACCCACUGAGGCCUUCAUCUCUGGCCUGCUGGACAAGAUCCGGGGCAUGCAGAAGCUGAACACACCCCAGAAGAAAUGA